AUGCAACCCAACAGUUCUCCGAAACCCACAGAAGAUGCAGGGCCCAGCCCCCAGUCUCAUACAAGCCUGCGUUUCGCUUCCAUCGAACGACCUGUGACUCCUCCCGCGAGUCUCGCCAAAGAGAAAGAUAGUACUCCGGAUGACACUGGGACUGAAGAAGCCAGGGAACCUGUCCCGGACGAAGCUGCGGUGUCCCCAGUUGACAACUCUCGCGUGAGCUCGCCCACGAACUCUUCAGCUAGACAACCUCGCACUCGCCUUCGACGGCCCCUACCUGGCCCUCGCCCUCAAUGGCCCCUACCCAAUAAUCCGAUCAGACGACGAGGUCCUCGACCUCGGAAUAGUCAAAUUAGAAGACGCGGCGCUUCUUUGAAGCAGCGAAAUGGUCACUCCUCGAACGAGCGCCAAAACACUUCUGUUAGUCGGCAAAUUCUUCCCCACCCCGACAUAAUAAACCCCGUCAGCCAGAGGCCUGGUGACCUCAGCAGACAGACUGAACCCCUUAUAGUCAAGGAGCCAGCUCUUUUCCUUGUCUACCCAAUUCACUCCAUAACAUCACUGGAUGGUCAAAAUCCUGAUACCAUGCCACAACUCUUCCCGUUCCAUUCUAUCGACGUCCCGACUCCUCCUACAGUUCGAGGCGGACCUAAAGGAGCUUUGCAGCUCAUCGUGAGAAACUCACCAUAUGAACCCGAAUUUAUGCCAGACUGGCGUGUCAACACCUUCUGGAAAGACAACGUAGAGCGCGUGCUCGGCCGAGAGACCAGGGACAACUGGCCCAACAUGAUGGCAUUGAUACAGGAGGCCGAAGCUUCGUUUCUAGAAAAAGGGAUUCCUCUGAUUCUGAGGCCUUGGAAUCUUGCAGAGAUCGAGAUCGCUGCGAGACUGAAGGCUUGGCGUAUGCCUGACUUUGUUGUUGGGUAUCUAAUUGGCACACCUCCGCCUUACCUCGGGAUAAUAAAUGCAGAACAGUUUGGGUUAUGGAAUCUUGAUGAGAUGAACAGAAUCGAUGAAGUGCAUGGUGGGCGAGGAGAGAGAAGUGAAGACAGACAAGGAAGAGGAGGUGGACGAGGAAAAGAAGAAGGCGAGGAAGAGGAGGUGGGUGAGAAAAUGGAGGCGGACGAAGAGAAAUGA